AUGGGGGAUAGGGAUAUUGCCCCAAUAGUGGAGAAUCAAAUGGAAAAGAACAUGGAACAUGAAAUGGAGGAGGAUGAAGAGCCUGGACGACCAAAAGGCAAUCGCUGCCCACUAUAUCCAGCGCUUGCUAGGCUGCGACCGCCACGUCUGAAGCAGCUCUGGGUUGGGAAGUAUGGCGACCCUCAAGAUGCAGAGCUUUGGGACUGGUACACGGUGAAGGGGCACCGAGAGGUCCACGAGCGAGCCCCAUCUUUCAGCACCGCCCCAUUGAGGGAGCAGAAGACAAGUUCGAAUCCGGAACGCUGGCGUCAUUCCUCGGUCCCCUUUGCCAGCCAGCCAAGCCGGAUCCGAGAUGCCCGAGAGCGUGGCGAUCGGAUCGCCACUGUUCUCCUGGCAGAGGGCGUGAGCUGCCGCCUCUUCAUCCCGAGUGCUCUUCAGCAUCUGUUCGGUGAGGACCAGCGAGGUUUGUUUACUCGGUCACCCACAAACGGCGAAGCUGCCUUUCCAGUGCUGACGCCAUCCUCAGGACGGUCUGCGCUUGACGAGGAAGUCGGGCUGCUCGACAUUUCUCCUGGCAUGGUGGAUGAGAGCGGGAAUGCUUUGAAGUUCCUUCAGAUUGUUGCAGUGAAGCCCUCUGAGGUGGAGAAGUAUCGGAUGAGCGCUCCAUUCUUUGUUGUUAUGGAGCUGCCCACCGUUGUUACGGUCACUCAUCCGUGCUACGGCAAGCAGAGACCUGAGGACCUGGGCGUUGGAUGUGCUCGGCACUGGCUGGUCAGGCUAGCAUCGUCACUGAGGAUGACGUAUGCAUUCUUCCUGGAUGAUUCGGUGAGGUCCUGGCGAGGAGUGACCUUGGCCGAAGAUCAGCACAACCUUUUCGGAGUGUCAUCCAGCUCCAGAGCAAAAUUCACGCCAGUUCCCCUUGCAAAGGUCAUGUCGUACUUGACUGCGCCGGAAUUUGAGGAAAUAUCUGCCUUCACGGCAUUCGGAUUCGCCAGGAUGGCUCCGGAGCUCAUUUAUUGCAGCAAGGCUUUCAGAAGGGCGCAGGUUUACUCUGGUUUCCUUCUGAACGUCAAGAAGGUCGAAGAGGAAGGCUUGAACUACAGGCAGGAGGUCUUCGUUUGGGAGGAACGGUCCAAUGUUGCCCCACUGGGCUCACGCUUUGCAAAUCGAUCUGCAAUCAACUUCACGAAUCAGCACCUGGUAGCGAACACUACGCAGUACGUAGACUAUGCGAUGCUCAGCGGAUGUCGGUUCCAGUCGUUUGCGUUCGAUGGCUCGGAUCUGACCGGGCGGGUGGCCGACUCCAAGCUUGAAGACUGGAAGGCUGCAGUUCAGCGAGGAUCUGUGAAGGUGAAAGAGUUCACCAAGAGGCUACAGGCCCAAGAGGAGUCGUUGCUGCAGUGCGUGGACGUCGCAUACCGGCUGGUCCUGGCAGAAGGGGUUCGUUCGGGCAUCAUCGCCACGUGCAGGGAGCUGUCGCUUUGGCCGCCCAUCCCGAGCCCUGCUGUAGAAGCCGAUGAUUGCUGUUUCCAAGACACUUCCGCACCACUCCCGGUCAUUGCGCAGAGGGCUUUCAAUGAUGAGCAGCGGCGUGUGAGUCACGAAAGUUUCCGCCAGCUCUACAAGAAGGCCACCACUGCCUCUUUCUUGGUGGACUUUGCUGCAGAGGCCGGGCUCACACUCCCUGACCUGCAGAACUCUCGGACAAUGCUGGAGGAGUUUAUGCAGCGGGUAGAGGAGUGGACGGAGCGCGGCAGCCGCUUUCACCUUUGCCCACUCGCAAAGGCCAGAAAUGCGUUGGUCACAGGCCUGGGUCAGGGCGGAAUGGCGGCGGAAACAGCACGUGAGCUCGUGGCGCAGCGCUGGUCCAAAAACUGGGAGACCAGGGCGGGCACGGCUGUGAAUGUAGCGACUGCUGCCCUGGCAAUCGGCGCGAGUGUCGCGGCCCUCCGCAGGGUGUCGCGGCCGAGGUAG